AUACGGAAGAAGAUGAACAACAAUUAUUCCCAGAUGACGAUGAAGAGGCGGUAUCUACCCGAGCUUCAAAAUGUGAUCGUGAAUUACACCCAUCGCAACGACAACUAGUCCCGCACCUGCAUAACGAUACCGCGGCGCCACAGCAACUACCGUCCGCCAUGGCAGAUGAACAACUUCGAAGGGAAUGA